GUUUGAAGCAACCUAGAUAGUUGUGUAUUAAGUAGCAGGAUUUUACAAACAGCGGCUGGUCCGCUGGUUUAUGUGUUUUAUUUUAUUUUGUGUAUCAAAUGAACUAAUAAUUACAUGAAAAAUGGCACCGACCCCAGUAGAAGAGCUGGCUCUAUUAGACUUGGAGAGGUCGAACAAAGGCGCGUCCAAACAGCGGCGCGACCAAAUAAACGGAGAGAUCAGCACGAUGCGCGACCUACUUCCGCUCCCGGAAUCCGCCCGUCAGCGUUUGUCUCAACUUCAGAUAAUGUCCCUCAGUUGCGUGUACAUCAGGAAAUGUAACAUACUUCAAAAGAUGCUACCCAGUAACCGUUGCUCAAUAGAAGUGCCUUGCGAAUUCUCCUCGUCGUUGACUGGUUUCAUUCUGGUGACCACUCGGGAUGGCAAGCUGGUUUACAUAUCCGAGAACGUCACGGAAUAUCUCGGCCACUCAAUGGUCGACAUGAAGACGCAAGGCGACAGUCUGUUCGACAUCGUGGACAAGCGGGACCAUGGCACUGUGCAGGCGCAGCUGCUCCAUGGCGCUACUUCCGGUGACACCCAGAUGGGCCGCCAGAUCUCAUUCUUCUGUCGCAUGAACAUGUCGCGGACACUGAAGCGCCAAGGUGGAUUCGGUGACGUCAAGGUGAUGCACGUGAAGGGCCAUUUCGUGCCCGUGAGCGGGAAAGAAACUGGGUCGGACCAGCACGUGUUCACGGCCCUUUGUUGCCCACUGAUUACCCCGGAUGUGAAGGAAAGCCUAAUUCAGAACAACACCAUGGUCUUCAAGAGUGUGCACAAACUGGAUAUGUCCUUCAUCGAGAUCACCGACAUUGGCGAGUUUCACCUGGGUAUGACGUCAGAGGAGCUCGAGAGUCAGUCCUGGUACUCGAUGCUGCAUCCGGAGGACCUGUCGGAGGCUCGAACAAAACACAUGCAACUGAUAAAGUCUCGCCACGAGAUGGGCUGCAUGAUGACAGUGCGCAUGCUCACGAGGUCACAUGACGUCAUCUGGGUCAACAUCGUAAUGCACGUGAAGCAAGCUUUCGUUGCCAAUAGCGAAGACCCCGUUAUCGUCUGCAUAAAUCAAGUUGUCAGCGAGGACGAAGCGGACCAGUUCAAGAGCCAGGGUCAACUGUUGGCCAUGUUUGCUGCUCGAACCCCCGACGUGUUUUUCGCCGGUCCGCACUUCAGCCAGAUUCAGCAGGAAAUGCUGAGCCACCAACAGGCCCAGGCCUACAUGCAUCACCUUCAGCAGCAACCGCAGCAGCCACAACAACAGCAGCACAUACACCAGGGAUUUUUCGCGACGGAGCAGCAACCACAUAUCCCAUACGGCACACACCCGUCAUCACAGACCGGAUACGGUCAUCAGAAUCAGUACAUGGCGAGCGUGGACGCCGUCAGCCAGCAACCACAGGGUCACACUAGCACAAUUCGGGCACUCAAGCGGAAACUCCAAGAAAACUUCAUAUCUUCUUGCAAGCCGACUAAGAUUUCCCGGGUGGGCUCCGUUGAAAGCGAGGACGGCGGUUUCCCUGAUUUCCAGUCUGGAGGUGACAACCACUACGUCAUGAACGUCGACGUGUUCCGCAGCACCGCCGGAAGUGGUCAUGUGAUGGGCAACACCAUCGUGGCAUACACGGGCGAGACAUUGCCCAUGAUUUACCAGCAAGCGAGUCAUGAUCCUGUACUCUCCAUCCUUCAGAAGAAAGCAGUUGUAAUGAACGCACGUGGGGCCGUCAGCGUACCUGCAGUUGUUCAGAAACUUCCGACAGCAUGCACUCUUGAGCAGGUGGUUCCGGAAGUGACCAUACCCGACUGCUAUCUGACGCCUGACCCUUCCCCGGCGACGUCUCCAAAGCCGGCGAUCUAUCGAACUGCGUUAGGUCACGAUACGCAACAGAUUAAGCAGCUGACGUCAUACGUGAUGGGCAGACUGAACGAACUCAACCAACAUCAGACAAUAUCUGAGACGCCGUUCUUUAAGACAGAGAACGCUCCCGCCAAGAGAAAGAAUCUACCAGUAAUUGAUGCGACUUUUGUUGACACGUUCUUCGAUGAAAUUAUACCCCACCAGAAACGACCGGAAACCCGCAUGACUGUAUGUGACAUCAAAGCUGAACCACGUUCCCCCGAACCAGUUGUUUCCACGCAGACAUCGUAUCUGAAGGCGUCCGUUAAGCCUCCGCCGCCGGCAGUUAUUGCUCUUCUGCCGCCGCCCAUGUGUGGGAAGGUGAAGGAGGAGCUCACGCUUGAGGACUGCACCGACCUAGAGGAGUUCUUGGGACUGGCAGAACGCAAAGUCUCGGACUUCCGGAGCGUCCAGUCCCCGGCCUCCAUGGCGGACACCAACUCCCCUGUGGCGUCCCCAUCCUCCUCAAUCGGUAACAUGUAUGUGGCGGAAUCGAUGUCUCCCAUGGCGACAACCUUUGGCUUGCAUCCGAUCAUCAUGAAGCAGGGAUUCGCGGCGGACAUGCGUUACCAGGAAAUGAGCCCAUGCUCCGCGUCCCCGGGCUACGAUUGCCGCGAUGAUGUCCUUGACCCCGACGAUUGGCUGAUGGAGCCCAUCAGCCUCUCCCUGGACAUGUCGCUCGGUGAUCCUUGAUUCGAUGCCCGUUGAUGUCAAGCCGGAAACCAAUGAUGACGAUAUCUGUCAUCUCAAGCAGCUGCUUCCGCACUCGUGGGAACCAUGUGGUUCAUUCAAGCCCAGUCAGUAGGAACUCCGUCGUGUAAGUGUUACUUACAACCAUUAUUCCGUAUGGCAUAUUGCCAUGAAGCGCCCGGGCGUUAUAGGAAGCUGCCGCUGGUCGACACUUCCUGUCACGUGACAGACGUCGCUGGGACGCCGGUCCCUCUUCUGCAGGCCGGAAGGGGUUUCACACUUCUUUUAUACCAUUUUUUACGAAUUUCAUUCAUGUUCGUUGUAUGUUUUAUAUCGAAGACGUGUCUUCAGAAGAAAAGUGCUAAGACUGCAGCUAUUUGUAACUUGGUUUCAUGCUGGUCCAUGACAUUGCCGUGUUGAACUUGAACUAUGACUUGCAAGUGCAUUGUUUGACAAGUCAGAGCGGUCGCCAGUCAAGACGGUGAUCGUAGUGAGAUGAGAAGCAACAUAGGGCGACCGAAAGACGGUCUUAUUCUUAUUUUAUGUUCUGUUUGUGCCGACUCUCAGGGCCUGUCUUGUCCGUUAUAAAAUGGCAUAGAGAAUAAUAAGAUUGUGACACAAAUUUUUUAAUUAGUUUUAAUUAUAUGUACCAACAUAAAUCAUUAUGUUUUUUUCAGUAUUUGUAUUAAUUUCAGUUUUAUCUUGGUUAAAGUUAUUUCCAGAACUAACUAUUUUUGUAAAAAAAUCUACCAAAUUCAAUCGAUACUUUAAGUUCUCGUAAGAUCUUUGAUGAGGCAGGAUCCUGGCCAUGGCGGUGUUGAGGCAGUUAGCUUAUUGAGCCCGUCAUGGUUGGAGUCGGUCAAUGAUGCUUGUACCUACUAUAAUGUUGAUACGCUUGAUCCCUCUACUUUUUACGAUUGUUUUGAUGUAUUAAUGUAGUAUUACGAUGUAUUGUAGUUUGGACAUUUUGAUUUUGCAACCUUGUUUCAGCUUCAUUUUUUAAUUGAAAUUAGCGCUGGUAGCUUUUUCAAUUCAUUUUGAACAUUGUCAUUUUUGUACAUAGCAUAAUUGUUUGUUUGAUUGGUUAACAUUGUUAAAUAUGUAACCCAUUCGCUUUCACUGUCAUAAUUUUGCAAAUCAGCACAGUUUUUGGAUAGGACAUGAUGGAUUUGCGUUGUUGCCAUUGUUGAACUGUUGAAAGGUCGCAGGUCGAUCUUUUCAACAGAAAGUUUGACCAAUUAAUAUCAAUGUGUGAGCUUAGAUAAAUCACUACAGCACUCGGAAUUAUACGUUGAUGUCUGGAAAUUCGCGAUUCGCUAAUCGUUAAUCUUCGGUAAUCAUCGUCAACUUUCCGGUUCUGCUUUUUCGGCGCAUUGUCUCCAAAAGUGUGUACCGUAUUUUUUCUUGCGAAUGAAUGUUACUUUGACAUUGUCAAUAACUCAAUGUGUCGAUGCCGGUUUUUGACACGAGUCUUUUCUUUCCAUAUUGUUAAUGCUGUGUGCUAUGCCUAAUUUUCAUUAUUAAUCCGUGCGAUGUGUUAGGUUCGGUAGUGAGGUUGCUUACAAUUUUGUUUGUUAGCCAUACGUCGUAGUUGUAAUGUUUGUUUUCGUUCGCUAAUGGAAGAGGUGCGAACACAUUGGAUUCUUCACCCUCUACGCUUGUUAAACGCACAACUGUUCUACUUUCGUUUCGGAGUUUAAAAUUUCGCAAAGGGAUAUAUUCAGAUAUAUCAGCCGCUGGUCGGCAACCGUUUGUGGGCAUUUUAAUCUUCAUUCACAACAAAUCUUGCUGAACAAAUUUACUUUCUUAGUUCUGGCGAUUUCUGAAUGCUGGUCAUUUGGACAUUCGACAUACAGGAGGUUUUUUCGGCGCACCAAGUAUAAACAUAAUUCUUUGAAAAUGUCUCAGAAAAUCGCUAUCAGUGUAAUGUUAACCCAUUUAUGCCUAGCGUCUAGAAAAAAGGCCUUGGCAAACAGCGGAGACUCAGAUGAGACGCCGCAUGAUGCGGCGUCUCAUCAGGGUCUGCGCUGUUUGCUUAAGGAUUUUUUGUAAGAAAUAUUCUAAAUAUAGAAAUAAAUAUACUAGACAUCCCUAAUUUGGGAAAUAAAUUGAUCCAAUUUAUAAGGAUGGGAGAGUCCACUGGGCAGAAAUGGGUUAAAAUCUUUGGCGCACAAGGCUGGUCCAUGUGCGCUUACAAAUUGGUCAGCAUACUGUUAUUGACUAGAGGAGUGAAUAGUUCUUCUGGCAUAUAACUUGAAUCGUUUAUCGAUUUAGGUAUGUCGUUAGUUCUAUUUGCAUCUCAAGUAAAUUUUCUUUGACGUUUUCAUCAUUUGGUACUGCUGUUGUAUGUUCUUUUUAUUUCUUUCGGUAAGUUGGCACAUUUCUGUAAAGCAUUUUGGAUUCAAAAUUACUGCCGCUGGACGGACGCUGUUAUAGAAAUGUGAAAACUUGUUUACCUAAGAAACAACUUACUGUUUGACAAGUAGAUACCUCGGAAUAGUUAUAUUCUGUUGGUUGUGCGUUCAACAAUUUCAAAGCCUAGUUUUCCUUCAAAACGUAGAAAUUUCCCAACGCUCGUAUGAAAACAACAUUUGCGGUUGAAAUGUUCCUCUACGCCACUGCUGUGCGGUGGAGUUUAUUUUGGGGUUCAUUUUUAAUUCGCGAACAUUGUUUUGUAUUUGAGUCGUUUCUGAGCUUUCGUCUUGGGCAAAAAUCUGUCAUUUCUGCAUCGACGUGUUGACCGCGUUGAUCGCAGGUGUUGCCGAUAUAGCCCAAGGUGAUAAGCUACUGAGAUAAGGGCGAUUCUCAUUAUCGCUAUUAACAGCGGCGGAAAUGCGAAUCUUUCAGUUAACAUCUCCUGUUGCUAUUCUCAAUGGAGUCGCCGGUCGACGCCAUUUGGGAAUCCUGUUACACUAGUAAUAGAUCGAACAUUAGGCGAUUGUUAAUCUGAAUAUAGUUUUUUUUCUAUUCCAAUUCCCCAUCUCUUCCAAUAGCACUUUCUUGCCCUUUCGAUGUGUUUUAUCCUGUGGAGGUUUUUCAUUUGAUGUUAGCCCCUUUUUAUGGGAUUGCGAUUGAUAUGCUCCACAAAUGCAGUGAUAGGUUUUUUACACUGUAUGCGAAAAAGUGAUGCUAUCUUGACUGUCUGAAUAUCACCAGUGGACAAAAACAUUGAAAAAAAAUAAUCUUAUAAAAGUGUUUGCAUAACUUACUUUUGUGGUAUGUUCAGUUUUUACAUACAACGUUCUAUUGUGUAACUUAUAAAAUAACAUAUUUUGUUCAUUGUUAACAAUAAUAAAUAAUUAUUUAAUACAAAAUUAUUGUGUACUUUGAGUGUGAACACUACAGCUUAAUAAAAUACAAACACGAUUA